GAAAAGCAGUGAUUAGUGUAACGUUCGAGGGUAGCGUGUCGCGAACACACAGCCAGCCGGCCGGCCUUGUCUGAAAAUCAAAUCAUUUGUACAAAAAGGCAAAGUCCUUUUCUUUUUCCAACGUAACCCAUUUCUCUGCUUUAACUCCCAUCCCCACCACCUCAUUUUCCUUCAGUCUCCCGAGAAAAAUCCCAAGCAAAGAAAAACCGCUGAAACUUUUGAAACAGCCAAGAUGCUGUCCAGAGCAAACGGCAUCCUGUGGAUGGACGAUAGAGAGGACCAAGACUCUGCUUCCUGGGCUAGAACCAACAAUGAUACGAACACCAACAACAAUUGUGGUGUGGUGGAGAACAACAAGGACGAGAUGGGUUCGCUCUCCACCUUCAAAUCCAUGCUGGAAAUCGAAGACGAGUGGUAUAGUAUGGCCAAUAAUACCAUCCAAAACCACACUGAUAUCAGAGACUUAACUUUCUCUCCCAACCUGGCUGACCAGCCAGAAAGCCUUUUGCUGAACCCAGUCGACUCGUCCUCUUCUUGCUCUCCAUCGUCCACUGUUUUCACCAACCUGGACCCGUCUCAGGUACACUUCUUUUUGCCUCCCAAACCCACCUUGUCUUCGCUCAUCAACGGCCUCCCUAGCAACCCUUUAGAGCACGGAUUCGACUUGGGGUGCGACGUGGGGUUUCUUGAAGCCCAAGCUUCCAAUGCUUCCUCUUUGCUGAACAGAGGAGGUGGGGUUUUGAGCAACUUCACUGAUUUGAGCUCGAAUUCUCAUAUGAACACUCCAAAUUUAUGCUUGGAUCCCCAAUUCCCCACGACCCGUCUGCUCAAUAUGCCCGAAACUGGUCCCGGGUUUGUGGGGUUUAAGGGUUUCGAUGAGGGCUCUGGGAAUGCUCUGUUCAUGAACAGGUCUAAGCUUCUGAGACCCCUCGAAUCUUUCCCUUCAAUUGGCGCGCAGCCCACUCUUUUUCAAAAGAGAGCGGCUCUGAGGAAAAAUUUGGCGAUUACGAAUGCGGUUGAAGGGGACAAGGGGAAGAGGGAAAUGGGGGAAGAGAAUGAGAGGAAGAGGAAAUUGAGCAGUGGGGAUGACGUGGAAGAUGUAAGCUUUGAUGGGUCGGGUUUGAAUUACGAUUCGGAUGAUUUUACGGAGAACGAUAAGGCGGAGGCGAGUGCCAAGAACAAUGGUGGAAAUAGCUCCAAUGCGAUUAGUAAUGUUACCGGUGGUGGAGGAGAGCAGAAGGGUAAGAAGAAGGGGCUGCCUGCUAAAAAUUUGAUGGCUGAGAGGCGCCGCCGGAAGAAGCUCAAUGAUAGGCUCUACAUGCUGAGGUCCGUGGUUCCGAAGAUUAGCAAAAUGGAUAGGGCUUCAAUCCUUGGGGAUGCCAUUGAGUACUUGAAGGAACUUCUGCAGAGGAUCAAUGACCUCCAUAACGAAUUGGAAUCAACCCCUCCUGGCUCUUCAUUGACGCCUACUACAAGCUUCCACCCUUUGACGCCCACUCCACCUACACUACCCAGCCGUAUCAAGGAUGAGCUUUGCCCCAGCUCAUUGCCCAGCCCAAAUGGCCAAUCUGCAAGGGUGGAAGUUAGGGUGCGAGAGGGAAGAGCUGUAAACAUCCACAUGUUUUGUGGCCGCAGACCUGGUCUCUUGCUGUCCACCAUGAGGGCUCUGGAUAAUCUUGGGCUAGACAUCCAACAAGCUGUCAUAAGCUGUUUCAAUGGUUUUGCUAUGGAUAUAUUUCGAGCUGAGCAAUGCAAGGAAGGGCAGGACGUCCAUCCAGAGCAAAUUAGAGCUGUACUUUUGGACUCAGCUGGCCUCCAUGGGGUGAUGUAGGUCGCAAAUUACAGAAGUUCAGUUGUUUCUCUAAGACUGCAAAUGUAAUUUGUAUUUCAUUGCCCAUAGUUUAAUUAACUCCUACCUGUAUUGGGGGCUAACUAGUAGAUUAGCCUGUAUCAGCAGGAAAGUUGGCCUUCAAUUGCACCUUCAUUGACUGAAAAUCUGUAGCCACCCUUUCUCAUCAUUGAAAUAAUGCCCCUUUUUUA